AUGCCUAAACUGCUGUUUUCAAAGAUGCGGUUCUAUGAAAUUAAGGAUCUGGUGCAAAAUGUGAAGCGGCCCAGAAGAAUUGAUAUUGUACUUAACCGAAGGAGGCAUAAGAAGGACAUCCAGUGCGUCAUGGUACAAAAACUAAAUGAUGACACAUGUUCUCCAAAACUCAGUUGGCAGAAUGAUCAUAAACCCAACUCGACUCUGGAGAAAUUUCUACAGGACAAAAAAUAUUUAGCAGCAUUCCGCAGCUUCUUGCAGUCAGAGUUCAGUGAGGAAAACAUUGAGUUCUGGCUCGCAUGUGAAGACUUCAGGUCGACCGCUUCACCUGACGACCUCCAUUGGAAAGCAGAGGGGAUCUACCAGGAGUUCAUCCAGCCUACGGCCUGCAGAGAGAUCAACGUUGACCAGCACAUCAGAGAGCAGAUCAAGAAGUCUUUGGAGAAGCCGAGCCUGUCCUGCUUCGACGAGGCCCAGAAACAUGUUUACCUGCUGAUGGAAAGAGACUCUUGCCCCAGAUUCCUGCACUCAGAAGCCUACUUGAGUCUAAAGCACAAAUCCAGGAGUCUUUGGUACAUUUAG